AUGGGGUUGGGUCUCUUGCUCCUCUCUCUGGGGGCACUCGUGCCACUGGCACGAUGCCAGAUCAUCGAGGGCCCGGCCCCCGAAAUUGAGUUCGAAAUCAGGAUGACGGAUGAAAUUAGAGAUGCAUUCGCAGCCCUCUUCGACGAGACCUUCAUGCAGCAGUUGGUUGAUUGCCAGCAAUUGGCUGGAGACAACUGCGAUGUUACGGGUCUAGCGGAGUACAUGAUUGAAGUGGGGGGCAGACUACGGAACUCAUUUACGCGGUGCCCGACGGGAUGCUCGUACUCUCAGAAAGACUGCAAGGACUUCUGGCUCGCCUUCGAGGAAAACCCAGUGGCUUUGCGUAAUGGCUGUGCCCUCACCAACAACUGGCCGGGCGCCUGCACUACGUUCUUGCGGGAGCUCCAAAGGCGAGUCGCCGACGAGACGUGGGAGUAUUCAGUGAUGUGCCGCAUGAUUGAUGCAGGACUGAACCUUGAGCGAAUGCCUGACUGCAAAACCCUCGCGAUAAUGACGACGUCAAGUCGACCGUCGCUGCAUGAUGGUGGCUGCAGCUUCGAGACUCGGGACGAAUGCAUUUCGAACCUUUGCGACGUCUACAGCCAGUUCGCUUGGCGUAUGCAGCCAAGAAACUUGAUCCCAGAGCAAGCCCGGGUGCCGUUUGACUCAAGCUACAUCCUCGCCGGUUGUGAGCACCUGGUGGACUUGGACAUGUACAACCGCCGGGAUGAGUGCCAUGACCGGUUGGACGUCCUUGCUUUCUGCGAUUGCGUCUGCCCUGGAAUGAGCUACGUCAACGCACUGGGAAUCACAGAUUGCCCGACGAUCGUGGACAACUACCUUCUUUUUGGAAGGCUGGGAAUUGCAAACACGUCCUUGGACGCUUUGUGCGAGCCGGAGAUCUGCGAAGCCUUCAGCUCGCAGCGGCUUUCGGAUUCCUGCAGGGACACCCGACUUCCGGGAGACCUGGAGUGCCUAGCUAUGCAGCUGCCGAAGGUGCUGCCUCAGAACUCUCCGUGUCCGUGGCUGAACCACUCGGGGGAAGUGAACGUUCUUGAAUGCCUGGACGGCCAUCGUUGUGACAUAAAUGCAGAAGGGUGGUCCUGCUGUGAGAACCACCGCGGUCGCGCAAAAUGCCCAGCGCAGUUGCCGAUCAUGUGUGACACUCUUUGCUCGGGAAUUACGGAGUACUGCUGCCGACAGGAGGGGGAGUGCUCACCACGAGGCUGCCCCGUGAUUCUUCAGCGCGAGUUGUUCUACAAAGAGGAGACGACCACGGCGACAACCACCACUGAAGAAGGCAGAGCCGCAGUGGAGGAGGAGGGCUUCACAAUACGGCUUCCAGAAGGAAGUUGGAUCUGGUUGAUGCUGCUCAUUCCUUUGUUCUGCAGUAUCGGGUUCUUUGUCUACAUCCGAUGCCUCAACAAGAAGUUCGAGCGUGAGCAAGUGGCUGAGGGCGACACGAUCCUGGGCCUGAAACUCGACAAGUUCGGCUUCUUCCAUGCCUACAAAGCCGAAAACGUCGAGAGGGAAGAGACGAAGCCCCGAAUUUGCAUCGUCAUGAGUGAGCUUCCGGAGUCGCGACCUCUGGGCCUGGAGUUGAUGGAGCUUCGCGUCGUCCGAGUACACCCUUGGGGUGCCAAGCAUGGCUGGCAGGUUGGUGACAUCAUCGUGGAUAUCGCUGGGCAGCCCGUGACUUCCUUCGAGCAGCUCUGGGAACGUAUUCAGGUGGAGCGAAACCGGCCUCCGGUGAGAUUUACGGUGGAACGCUGGAAUGUCCAGACGACUGCAGAGGAGGAGGCAGUAAUCGCGGCACAGGAUCCAGAUGUACAGCUCAAAAAACAGAAGAAAGCAGUAGCAGAGGAUCGGAGGCAGAGGUCAAAGUCGCGGAUUGCCAGCAAGCAGCAGCAGUCCCCUCCAACCACAGCCUCGGACAAGCCCACAGCUUUUCCCAGGACAUUGGGACCUAAUGCCUUACCCGGCAUGGCGUACGGCUGGGACGACUAUGACGAAGAAGAGGAAGAGGAGUAUGAUGAGUAUUCCGACUACUCUGAAGACGACUCGCGUAUACGGCAGUCCACAACCUCCAGCUUUCCGGCGGGGAGGUAUAAGUCCCCCUUCACUGCAAAAUUCGAGGUUAUCAAGAAAGACACCCCAGAGCUGCAGGAGGAUCCACCCAAAGAAGGUGAGCCAGCAAACACCGGCCCUGAAGAAGCAAAGACGAUCGCAGAACGCUUCUUCCCAAAGGACAUGGAGCGCCGAACGUACGAGAAGAACAAAGUCGUCUUCACCCGUGAUGCCUGGGGGCGCUCGGUUGUGAGAGUUAUGAACCCAACGCACCGGGGUGACUAA